AGUGAAAUUACCACGUUCAAUAUAGAUUGAACAACCGGAAAAGCAAGACAUUUCUCUCAUUGUGCUAGUGAAGAUUUCAAACUGAUUCUUUUAAAUAAAGAAUAAAUGGCACGACAACGAAAUGAAUUUAUUGAGGAUAUAAAUAAACAGCAUGACAGUUCAUGAUUCACUUGCAGAAUAGUUCUCAAAAUUUGUGGUUAUAACUUUGUGGAAGGAUUUUCGCUAAGAAUAUCCACUAGUUCAUUUAUCAUAAUCAUGCCUUCUAUAUUUAUUUGAUUAGCAAAUAACCUAGUUCAUCCAAGUAUUAUGUAAAUAGUAUUCAACAAAUUAAAUAACAAUAGGAAGAUGAAGUAAUUCAUACUUUAAAUAUUUCAAACUUGUUGCACAAUCUAUAUAUUGUGUUUUGUUCGAUAAGAUCAUCUUGUUGAGUUCCAUUACCAGAGUUCAAAAAUUAGCCUUGAUAUGAAUAACAAAGAACAGAAGGAUUGUUUAAAUUAAAUUUUCAUUAAUGUUACUUGAAAACAUUUUUCAUGGCCUAAAUUUUACAAGUAGUAAGGAAAACGAAUUAAUAUAUCAGGUUAAAUAUACUUUCUGUACAAAAUUAAGAAAUACAUUAUGAUUCAGAUUCAGAAAUUAUAGACUUAUGGUUAUUAUUGAUCAUUUUCAUAUGGAUUCAUAGACACGGUCGAUAAACAAUUUAAGGGAGGAGAGAAAUUUGUUCAAUAUUAGCAUAUAUUAUGAAAAGUUCUUCUCAAUAUGUAUUGCAACUGAUACCAUAAGACAAGGAUAAGUUACUGUUGUCAAAAUCUCGAUUAUCUUCUCUUCAUGACUGACCUUCAAUUCAGCCAAUCAUAUUUAAGUUAGCUAUGAUUGGUUGAUUUGUUCAAUCUGUAAUAGUAAAAAUGGUAAUGCAUUUCGAUCAAAGAUGCACUGGUGUUAAUUACGAUGGUGAAUACCUUAGUGUAUAAACUAUAAGCAAAACGGGAACAAAAUAACAACAUUUGUUUCUUUAUGGAUAAAAACUUGAAAUUUCAUAUGAUUGAUUCAGACAGUAUAGAAUUAUUAAAUUCAUUAUCACCAACCAAAAGUAGAUCAACUGAAAAGAAUAAACUUAAAAAUAGUACAUUUGGAAAAGAUCACAAUUCAAUAGAUCAACUGAUUACAAGUAGUAACGCUAGUAGUGGAUACUGGGAAGAUUGUGAUUCACUUGUUACAAGUGAAUAUGAUGUUUUUGGAUUGAAUUGGACAACUUGUCAUCAAAACGCUAGAAUAAAAUGCAACAAAUUGAAACAUCGACCACUUCCAGAUGCGAAUAAUCAUUCAUCACUAGUUAGAACUCGAAGUUUCCAUGUAAAACCAAACGAUUACAUCAAUAAAAAUUCAUAUGAACAGUAUACAAGAGAUCAUUAUUCAGAUUCAAUUCUCAAUACUUACUGUGAAGAUAUACAACUUACAACAAACUCUCAAAAUAAAGCAGCUAAUAAUAUACGUCAGUCAUCGUUAGAAGAUAAUAAUCAUCUAUGUAUACCAAAUGAUUCACUGAGUGGACUUGAUUCGAUUGAAUCAGAUUUUCUAUUUUGUCAAAACAGUUGUUCAUCUGUAAAUCAUACUCAGUCAUGUCAACAUAUUUCCUCUGAAGUACAGAAUGUUGAAGAGAAAACGUUUAAAUACUUGAAUGAAUGGGAUGAUAGUGGAGUUGAAGAUAUUAUAAAAGGAGCAGAACCAAAAACUAAAUUUGAGGCUGCGUUAAGAAGAGCUGAAGAGAAAAAUAAAAAACGAAUGGAACUGAUAACUUCUAAAGACUUUUCAACAUCAGAUAAUAAAAAGAUGCCUGAAUGGGGUUCACCUAUCCAAAUAAGGAAGAAUGCUGAUCAAAGUAGAUUUAUGGAAUGUUCUCUUUCAUUAGAUAUUCCGGUGUGCAACAGCAGUUCUCCGAAAAUAAGUAGACCUUCUGAUCUUUGUCGCGAAGUUGAAGAAUGGUUGGAAUCAAGACCAUCAUGGAUUGAUCAAAAACAUCAGAAAAAUAAUCCAGCGUUACAAAUUUGCUUUUUAAAUAUAUCUGAACAAAAUUUGUUCUCUUCCAUGGAAGCAAUAGUUGCUGAACCUUAUUUGGACAAUAAUGAUUAUAGAACUGGACAAAAUAAUAUAGAAACUAAUUUAUUUUCAACUGUUAACUGUAUUAAAACAAAUGAUAGUAUUCAAACAAUUAACUCGUUGAAUGACAAUGAAAUUAGUUUGAAUAGUAUUGAAGAUUAUGAUGAUAAUAAUUCACAGAGACUAACAUUGAAUGGUAAUUCAUCUUUUGUAAAUCAUAAAAAUGAAAAGAACCGUACAAGUUCAUCAAUAUCUGGAAGAUCAUCUUUAUUAUUAGCUUUUGAAUCUUCGGUUAAUUUAAUUGAUUUAUUGAAUGAGAUCAAUAUGUAUUAUGAACGAUUAUUAGAUCAAUGUAGACAAGAUUGUUUUGAUGCACGAUCUGUUGUUUAUUUACAAGAACUAAUAAAGAAUCAUAAACGAUUUCAAACAGAAACACAAAUUGCUAUUAUCCAGGUUCCAAAAAUAUCCGCAAUGCAAGCAGAAGUUGAACGUACAAAGAUUUCAUCGAUAACUCCAAAUAUAGCAACAUUACUUCGAGUUGACUAUAGGAAGUUUCAAAUAUCCAAAGAAGAAUUAAUUCAAUUCUCUAUUUUUCAAUUGAAAGUUAUCAUGAAUGAUUUGCAUUCUAGAAUCGAAAGUCUAAACAAUUCUCUCAUGUUGUCAUUAGUCGAAAGAGAUGAGUUGCAUCUAGAACAAGGUGGUAAAUUAAUUGCUUUAGAAGAUAUCAAGUCCUGGAUUAAAGAACUCAGUAUUCGUUCAUCAAUUCCUCAAGUUAGGCGACAAUUAUUUCUCAAUCUUUCAAGUAAUUUAUCAAAUAACACAUACAGUAAUGAUAUUUUUCCUAAACCUCAAACUAAACAUAACACUUUACCAAAAAGACCUCAAUGGAUGACAUCCUUAUUUGGUCGAGCAUCACAGCGACAUACUCUCUCAUUAUAAGAUUAUAUACUAAUUUUCUUUUUGUAUAUCUCAGAUUUCAUAUAUUUCCCUAAUUGAAAAAUUUAUGGUCUUCAUAAAUAUGUCUUGUUCAUUCCUAAAUCCUUCUUCUAUUUAACUUGUCUAAUUCCCAUCCUAAAUUGAUCAGUACUUGUGCAGCUAAUCAUUUUUCUUCAAUUAUCUAACAGAGUAAUUGAUAUAUGACAGGAUCUAAAAUAAUCUGUUAAAAACAAAGUCAGAUGAAACGUCGAAUUUAUCGAUCAGAAACUUCUUUUUGUUUUGCCAUCAUAAUGUUUAUUUCUAUGCUAAGAUAUAUGAUGAUUCGUCUAUUUACUUUUUCUACAAUAUUUGAAACUCAUUGUUGAAACUACUAUUAAUAAUAAAUAAAUAAAGUUUGUUAAUAUGUUACAACACAAUACUUUUCAUUAGAAUUGUCUUUAUUCUCUUUAUAUGUGUACGUUGAUUUUAUGUCAAAAGUACAGUAAAGAUGAAGAAAACACAAGGACAACCAUUCAACCGAACAGAUAAUCAUGUAUGUUCACUAGUCAUUAGUUUGUUAAUGGAUUUCGUUAGUAUUUUUUUAUGAGAAGUCAUUACUGGUAUCGUUUAAUCAUAUGAAGAUUAAGACAGAUAUAUUUAAUGAUCGUCGUUUUUUUUAAGUUAUGAGUUAAAAUACUCUUAAAAUGUUAACCAUUGAAUUUUAACUAUAUGGUCGGGAAAUAUUUUUCUUGUCGUUAAGAUACCUGAAAUCUAAAGUGCACACCGUUAAAGAGUUCACUAAAUUAAAAAGAAACUAUUUCUCAUUACUCCUUGUUUAUUAACAGUUCUUUAGCUAAUGACAAUCAGCCAUAACUAAUGUAGAAUUGAAUGCAUAUAUAUAUCAGUCCCACUUGUCGCAUUACAUCAGCAUAGUGGUAUGAAGGUAUCAAGAUAAAUGUGAGAAUAAUUAAAACAGUAACAAUAUUGAUGGUAAAAAAACGCACUUGGAAUAGACAUUAUGAUUCGAGUAGAAUGAAGAAAUUCAUAGAACAAGACAGUAUAAGGUGAUUUUAUAACUUAAGAUCUCAGGAAAGAUAAUGACUGAAUGUAUUUGUGCUAUUUUGAGCUAUUCUAAGUCACAUCACCCGACGUUUCUAGCCAUUAAUUAUGAGCUAAUGACAAGUUAUGGUUAAAAUUAUUCAAAAUCAUUUUUGAAGGUUAAAAAAAUAGUACAUAUCCAAAAUAUGAUUGUACGGAGUUCAAAAUGACUUCACUUAAUAGACAGGUUUCAUGAUUCAUUAUGAAAUGAUUUCUGAUUAAUAUCAGUGUACAAAUGUAAGACAUAUACAUUUUAUUCUUAGUGAUAAUAAGGUUGUACAUUUUGGUUUCCUUGUUAACCUUUUAUUAUUGAUUUUUAUGUUGAUUAGUAUCAAUUUAUCAAAAACUAACUUCAAAUAGGUAGCAUACGAAUUAUUCCUAAUAGUGGAAGUAGAUUUAAAAAAACUCGGAUUUACACUACAAAAUAAUGAUUUAAAACUAUUUCACCUCAAACUAGAAGCAUGAAGAGCCAUCAAUCAUAUAAAUUGCAAUGAUGUUAUUCAAUAAUGUGAAACACUAGUAUAGAGUCACAAUUGAUUGAUCACUGGGUGGUGAUCAAUCUCAUGCUUGUCUAGUCCUUAUUAGUGCAGAUCGAAUGCUAUCGGUCAUGUUGCAAUGUGGCCACCAGUCUAGGUGACUCGACACUGCGGGCACUAUGUAAUGACAUUAGAUGGUGGUUGGAGGUAGUCAACGGGAAACCCUGGACCCGGGUUUCGUGCUACUUGGCACUCGUCAG